UUUUAUUUCAAUUUUAAAGUUUAGAAAGUGCAUAAUUAUGCGUCACAAAACGGAAAACGUUUCAUGAGUGGAGUAAUGAAUAAUUUUAUAAUAUUUCAUGAUUUACAUUAAGUUGCAGGUGUUGGUGUUGCGUGAAUGUUUUUAUAGAAGCAAGUCUCAGUGUAACUUACUAUCAUAAUGGAAGAUGGAAUUAUCCCUGUUCGGAAUGUAAAUAAACCUGGCGUUAUUAGAUUACCAAAGAGAUAUGAACAAUUUGUAAAAGAACCAACGUAUCAUGUCUCAAACAGGAAGUCGAACAUUACACGUGCAAAAGAUGAAAAAGAAAACAACCAGUUACAGGACAUGUUGCAAGCUAUAAUGUGGAUAAAGCAAGAACUAGUUUUGCUGAAACAACAUGACAUUUUACUUAAAAGACAAUUUUGUGAUAUACAAGACACAAUAAAUACUCUGAACAAGGUUAGGAAAUACAGAAAACUUCCUGUAACUGAUUCAAAUACAAGUCUUCAAUCUGCAGAAGGAAAUGAAUUAGAAAUGGACAAUUAUUCUGUACGUUCCGCGUCAAGUGUUACGGCAUUAACCAGCACAGAUUCGGAUUCCGAUGAGGACGAAUUAGCUCGUCCUCGUACAUGCUCAAUGAUGACAACGCGGGAUCUAACAGCUCUCGCGAGACGACGAGGAAGCAAGGAAAUGAUAUAAAUCCUGAAUUCAGAAUAAAAUUCAAUAAUAACAAAAAUAAGUCUAUCUUGCAUUUUUAUUUUAAAUAACACUUUGCAUAUUAUGUGAAUGACACAUGUAAGUAUGUAUUUAACAGUUAUGUUACGACAAAAAAACUCUUCUUUUGUAUGUGAAUAUUUCUUCUUGCGAACGAAUAAUUCAUGCUGUAAUUCAAACUAUACAAGUUUCAAGCUAGACGAAAAAUUAUUCAAAUAAGUAAUAGCAUAUUAUUUAUUGAUUGCUAAUAUAGCCUAUGUUUAUCGUAAAAAAUGUUGGGAAUGAAAUCAACAUCAAAACAAUUGGUGGAAAAGAAUUCAGUUGGCCAAGGCAUUUUAUAAAAUCGUUUAUUUGCCGACCCAUUUAAUAUGCCAUCGAAAAUUAAAACAAAUAUCCUUCUAGGAGAACGCUUAAUUAAUGAAUAUGGUUAUAAACAGGAGUCUUGCAAGAGAACAAGGGAACGCUUAAUUUAUGAAUAUGGUCUUGCAAGAAGACAAAAUUCCUUCUUGGGGAACGCUUAAUUUAUGAAUAUGGUUAUAAACAGGAGUCUUGCAAGAGGAGUUAUAAUAGCUUAGUAGAUAUUUCAGAAACAAAGUCGUGUGACGGUAUUGUGGAAUUUAGCACCAUAUUAUAAUCAGGUGAUAAACAGAUGACAAAAUAGCAGUGAAAUGUGUCGCCUUAAAUUGAACCUACAUUAACGUUCACUUGAAGUUCUAAUCUAAUAAGUAAGCUGAAAUAUAUAUACAUUGAACUGGACAAAAACAAGAAGAAAAUUCCCAUGUGUUUAAGCCGACUAACAGUGUUAUUAAAGAAAUAAAAAUGUAAUAUGAGUACAUAUAUUCGGGCGAAUGGGCAACUUUAUUGGUCCUCUGAAUAACAAAAAAUUAA